GCUGUUCGCUCUUCUGCUCUGGAUCUACAAGUAGAAAUUAUUUCUGUGGAGGUGGAUCCGGCUGAGCCGCGCCUCCGCCGCCGCAGAAAGCUACCACCGCCUUUCCGCCCUCAUCACCCUCCCGAAAGCGCCGGCGCAGGGCGGCUCUCCCCGCCCCGGUAGCGCAGUCAGGUCCUGCCUGCUGUGGGCUGGGCUCCGCGUACCCGGCCGCCCCUGCCCGCCUGAGAGCCGCUUGUGCCGUGCCCUAGUUGGUGCUCUGCGGCGGGGCGGAAGACCGGGGCGGAUCUGCAGGUGGCACGGGCACAGGUCCGCCUGGGACCGAAGCGAACUCAACCCGAAGCCUGGGGGCGUAAACCUGCCGCGCCGUUCCGACCGGGAGCCGGACCAGGCAAGGUACCUCCGACGGGUCGCCUUUUGCCUCCGCUCGGACGGCAUCCUUUCCAUUUACUGUGUCCGGAGCCGGGUUCGUACCACUGAUGUUCUGCGGCUGCCUGCCGCUCCCCUCCGGUACUAGGAAGGAGCUCCUAAUCCCGACCUCGGCGCGUCCCGAAUUUCAGCACAAAUUGCUGAACCUGGCCAGUGUCAGCGAUGGCAAGGCUUCCACGUGCUGCACUGCAUACCCUGUGGAUCCUCUUCUUUUCAUGUGCAACAAAUGAAGUUACGGCUGCAGGACACGUGCAGGAAUUUGCUUGCUUCACUGACUAUGACAAAGAGUUAGUUUGUCACUGGAAGGUGCCUGCACACAUGGAUUGCUCCAAAGAGUUCCUGAUCUACUACAGGAAGGAAUCUCAUCCUCUGCUAAACAGUGUGUGUGUUCCCGAGAAUGGGAAGGACAGGCUGUGCACCUGCACGAUCCAUCCCAAGUUUUUUGUGUCAGGCCUGACGUACAUUCUAGCCCUGCAGUUCAAUGGGACUGACACAUGGAACUACCACGUUACACCAGCCCUGGUUGUUAAGCCAAGGCCCCCCAGUAAUCUUGCCAUUGAGAAAACUGAGAAUGGUAAUUUCAAUCUGAGCUGGGAGGAGAGCUACUCUCCUUCAUCCAUCCUCUCUGGGCAGCCAGUCAUCUAUGAAGUGAAAUACUGGAGGAAACAGCACCCGACAGAGGUUUCUGUGAAAGCAAUUAACUACCAGGCUAAAAGCUUUGAAAUUGUGGCAAGCUCCCUGCAGAGAGGAUAUGAUUAUGCUGCAAGUGUGAGGUGUAAAUACCUUGACUACCCAGCCUACUGGAGUGAAUGGAGUGAAGAAGUUGAGUUUCCCUAUGAUUACCAAACAACAGCUGAGGAUGCUCUGCGGAUGGCUGUUCCUGUGGCCUGUGUACUGAUCAUGGCAGUGUCCGUCAGUUGUUACUUCUGUUUUACCAAAGUGAAGAAAGAAUGGUGGGAUAAAAUCCCAAAUCCAGCAAAGAGCCAUCUGGUUGUAAAAAAUGUCAAGCUUUCAGUUUUGUGUUACAUUGAUGAAAUUAAGUUCCCUUUCCAUGACUUAAAGCAGAGUCACAUGGAAAACAAAAGAAGUUGCACAGACUGUUUGUCUCAGAGGUCAUCAAGCCAUAACUUCAAGGGAAAUGAUAACAUCAGAAGUGUUGAGAAAUCCUGCAGUUGCCAUGGCAAGCCUGGAGAGUGGUUUCCCAAAGGCAGAGGUGCAGUUUUAACCCCUGAGGCAGUUCCAGUGGAGUCUGUAGAAAUUUGUGAGCGUUUAACAGAGAUGGAGGCUGACAGCCAGGAGACCAGUGACCAGCUGCCUGUCUUUGAGCCUUGUGAGGGCAGCGUCGAUGCUUUCAGAGAACACAAUGAAGCCAUAGCUAGGAUGUUCAGUGAUCUCCUGGCAGACGAAAAUAGUGUGCAAGACCCAGACAUUACCAGAGGCGAGAAUAAAACUUUUGAUAAACUGGAAUCAGAAAAUGCAUCACAUCAAAGUCCAAAGGAAAGCACCACCCAGCAUCAGCAACCCUUUGAUAUUUCUCAUACAGUCUCCCUUUUCACCAGAGCUUCUCAAGAGGACUACAGUUGUAGUACAGCCAGCAAGAAGUCAGAACAAUCAGAAGAAUCCUUCGACUCUGGCUAUCGAAGCUAUCAAAGCUCCAGCAUAAAUUCUGCUUCUCUGGAUGCAGGAAGUCUUCAAUGUACAGUUCACCAAGGCUUUUUUCCUUGCAGUUCUGGAAGUCGUCAUGAUUCGUGUGUUCUGAUCCAGAGAUCUCCAAAUAAAGCAUCCUGUAGGACCAGAGAGGACAGUAUAAGCAGCCUUGCACACAAGAGUUUUGAUCCCCUUGUGUCUCCACCCAUGGAGCUGUGUAGCUCUGCCUACAAGAGCUGUGACACCCUUAUGUCCCCAUCUGUGGUGCCCUGUGGCUCUGCAUACAAGAGCUUCGAUGUUCUUGUGUCUGCAUUCAAGGAACCAAUUAGCUCUGCCUAUAAGAGCUUUGAUACUCUUCUGUCUCAGUCCGUGGCUAACAGCACCCUGGCUCCGUGUUUUGAAAAUGUGUGCUUCUCUCUGGCUUUGGCACAGAUUUCAGAGACAUCAGAACUUAGCUGCAGAGAUCAAAUUUACCAACCUCCUAGCAGUGGGAUGUGUUAUGCAGGCUGCAGAUCUCCCUGCACUGAGCUUGGUUUUCAAAAUACCUCUUCAGAGCAGACUGAUAUUCCAUCUUUCUUCACACCUGCAAAUUACAGUGCUUCAGCCUUCCUGCCAGAGGAGGAAAUGCACAAGCAAGUAACAUACCAAAAUGUUCGUAAGAAAGCCACUGUAAUGCCUUGCCCCACUGGACCUCAAGCAUCUGGUUGCCAAUCUUUUGAUAAUGCAGUGAAAUGCAGUGGCACAUGCUGUGAUAAUGCCAGGGAGGGUAUCUCUGGCUCACUGCACAAACCUUUUGUUCAUCUUUUGUAUAGCAACCUGGGAGAAGCACUGCCGGAUCCCAUCUGCGUUACACCUGACCAGAGGACAGAUGGCCACAUGUGUUUGGUUGUGCAGCAUUUUGAUCGCAGCAUUGCCCCACGUUUAGCCUCCAGUAAGAGUGUUAAACAGACCAGUGAUGGUAGCCUCCAGAUCAUCAGCUCUGAUGAGCUGCCUGCAGAGAGCAAAGAUGAAAACAGUGGCGGAGAGGAACAGGUUUUGUGUUUGCUGGAGCAGAGCUGUCAGGAUUUUAACAGCAGAGAAAAAACUGCAAAGGGGACAAAGCCCAACAGCUGUAGCUCUGCUAAACAAGGAGUGCAAGAGAGAAGCAGUAAUGGGCUAAGUGCUGACUUUCACUGCCACACAUAUAAGCACUUAAGAGAACUUGGAAAGGCAGGGGAGAAUAAAGAGGUGAUGCAGCACGUGGCAGGCAGGAAGUGUGGCUCAGCAGCUGCCUUACCAGAGGAGUCACUGGACAGCACUGGGCUAAACUUAGAAAGAAAAACUGCAAAGCCCCCGCAGCUCCUAGUCUCAGACAAGUCACCACCUCCUCUUUUUGUGGACAGCUGUCCUGAUUCUCACAUCAUUCACAGUGAGGGCUCCCCACUGGUACCUGCAGUUGGGAAAAGACCAGUAGAACUACUGAGGGAAAAUGGGAAGAAUGGGAAAGAGAUGGAAUCUGUGCAAGGCCUUGCCCAGGAGGACAACUGCUACAUGAAGGUAGCCUAGCCACACUUGUCAAGACUGAUCUUGACAGUCUUGGGAAGUAAACUGUCUGGCAAACUGAAAUGUUUGUUGUUCAGUCUUGUGUGAAGCACAGGCUGCUGUCAUUCAGACACACGUUCCCUGGGUUAAAGCCCUGGUGCCUGCUGCAGGGCCGGCAGCCCCCGGUGGUGCGGGCCCCUGGGGGACAGGAGGGGUUAGCAUCUCCCCAUUGCAGCUCCAGCUCUCCCCUGGCAAAGCCAGAGCUGAAGUUCCUCUGGCUGGGAUUGUUCUCCAAAAGCAAGCAGUAGGAGUUCUUGGGACAGUUCCUGGGGUCGUUGCCCCAGUUCUGUGUGUUGCUUGGGAAGCUCUUGAAGAUGCUGGGGAAGAUUGUACUGGAUGACCUUGGAAGGGGCCUUCCAAGUCAGACCAUUCCAUGAUUCUGUGAAGGUGUCAACACAGCAGGAAGUGGGACACAGGUGCAUGUCAGAGGGGAAGUGGCUGACUUGCACUGACAGCAUCACACAGCUUCUGUAAUUUGUGUAUUGAGCAGGGAGGAAACUGUCCUCUGAGCAGCUCUGUGUUUCUCUCCUUGCUCAGGCAAGACCUGAAAUAAAGAUCGUUGUCAUUUGUGCUCAAA